CUGUCUGGUUGUACUCCUGUGGGUCCCCACCUCAGCCCCCGUGACCAACCCAGUCUCCCUAUAUCAGGUGACCCGUGGACGAAUCCGAUCGCACGUGCAUUCUUCAUGCACAAGCAGGACGGACUUUUCAAAAACUUGGGGAUUUCACAGACGUGGUUCGAGACCCGCCUCCGUGACUUGAACGCUCCAUUGAAUUUUCCGCAAUGUGGCUAGAGGUGGUUGGUGUACUGCAUGGGACCUGUGGACAACUGGGCCGGACUGUUGGUCUGCCUUGUUGGGGCCGGGUGCCUAGGCCCCACUGGUGGGGACCAUGUAGGGGUUCUUGGGCCCAAAAGUUUCAUCAGGAUGGGCCUGGAAGAGGCCUGCACGAGGAGGAUAUUCGCAGAGCACGGGAGGCCCGUCUCAGAAAGACACCCCGGCCCCAGCUGAGCAAUCGCUCUCAAGAACGCAAGGUACCUGUAUCCCGCAUUAGUCGACUGGCGAGCUUUGGGGGACUGGCCGUGAGCUUGGGGCUAGGAGCACUGGCCGAGGUAGCCAAAAAGUCCCUGCCAGGAGGACAUCAGCCCUCAGAGGGCGGCUCCAAGCUGGGCUCCAGCCCUUUCCUGUCAGAGGCCAACGCUGAACGGAUCGUGCAGACCUUGUGUACAGUCCGGGGGGCUGCCCUCAAGGUUGGCCAAAUGCUCAGCAUCCAGGACAACAGCUUCAUCAGCCCCCAGCUGCAGCGCAUUUUUGAGCGAGUCCGCCAGAGUGCUGACUUCAUGCCCCGCUGGCAGAUGCUGAGAGUUCUCGAAGAGGAGCUGGGCAAGGAUUGGCAGGCCAAGGUGGCCUCCCUGGAGGAGGUACCCUUUGCUGCUGCCUCAAUCGGGCAGGUGCACCGGGGUUUGCUGAGGGAUGGGACAGAGGUGGCUGUGAAGAUCCAGUACCCAGGUGUUGCCCAGAGCAUUGAGAGUGACGUGCAGAACCUGCUGGCUGUGCUCAAGAUGAGCACGGCCCUGCCAGAGGGCCUGUUUGCGGAGCAGAGCUUACAGGCCCUGCAGCAGGAGCUGACGUGGGAGUGUGACUACCGUCGGGAGGCGGCUUGUGCCCAGAACUUCAGGCAGCUGUUGGCAGAUGACCCCUUCUUCCGGGUGCCAGCUGUGGUUAAGGAGCUGUGCACGAGGCGGGUGCUGGGCAUGGAGCUGGCCGGAGGUGUCCCUCUGGAUCAGUGCCAGGGACUGAGUCAGGAUGUCCGGAACCAGAUCUGCUUCCAGCUCCUGAGGCUGUGUCUUCGGGAGCUGUUUGAGUUCAGAUUCAUGCAGACGGACCCCAACUGGGCCAACUUCCUGUAUGAUGCCUCCAGCCACCAGGUGACCUUGUUGGACUUUGGUGCAAGCCGAGAAUUUGGGACAGAGUUCACAGAUCAUUAUAUUGAGGUGGUGAAGGCUGCUGCAGAGGGAAACCGAGACCAGGUCCUGCAGAAAUCCCAGGACCUCAAAUUCCUCACAGGAUUCGAAACCAAGGCAUUCUCCGACGCCCAUGUGGAAGCAGUGAUGAUCCUCGGGGAGCCCUUUGCUGCCCCUGGUCCCUAUGAUUUCGGGGCUGGGGACACUGCCCGCCGUAUACAGGGUCUCAUCCCUGUCCUGCUGCAGCACCGCCUGCGCCCACCACCCGAGGAGACCUACGCCCUGCAUCGCAAACUGGCAGGGGCCUUUCUGGCCUGUGCCCGUCUCGACGCCCACAUUGCCUGCCGGGACCUCUUCCAGGACACCUACCACCGAUACUGGGCCAGUCGCCAGGCACAGCCACUGCCAGCAGCCUCCUGACCAGAGGGGCCCUCCGUGCAGACCCUAUGACAGCCUCCAUCUGGGGUUCCAGCUCCACAGCAGGCCAUCCCUUUCCCCUUUAUCCACCCCUCUUCCCUGGGGAGCUCCCCCUGAGCUUCUAGUCUUGCCUGGCUCCCCCUGUUGGCUCAGGAACUCCAGGACCCUGGGGCUAGGGAACUCCCAACUUCAUAGCUCUUCCCAGGUCUGAACUGAGCACCCAGGAACUCUAGGCCAGGGAACCCUUUAACUGAUUUCAGCGCACAUCUGAGGGAGCCCGUGGCCCCUGCAUGCCUUUCAUGGAGACCAGACUCAUCUAGAGGGGGUACUCCUCAUCUCCACUUGGGACUCCCAAGAUCCAGUGGUGGAGAGAUGGUUGAGCUCCCCUCACCUUUGCCUCCCUCACGCCUCCACCAGCUGCCUUCUCUCUAUCCCAGCCUGUGUACUGGAGGGUGGGAGUGGGGGGGGCGGGGGUGAAACUUCCCUCCAAAUAAAAGCAGCCCUCCCCUUUC